UCAAGAAAAUGUCGGACAAUGAAGAUUUAUUAGGUGAUGAUCUCGGCGAUCACAGCCUUGCAGAUUAUAACCUUGGAAAUGAAGAGGAAGAACAGCUUUUGGCCGAUGACUACGAAAGUGGGCCUUCACAAAAUGUGCCAACGUCUAUUGGGCCAGGGUACAGCAAUGGCGUUGAUAUGGUUAAUACAGAAUAUCCUGGUAAUGGCAUCGAAUAUGGCCAGCCACUGUCUUUCCAACCAGCAAUGGAGGCUGAGUGUGUGGUCCCCAACAUAACAGUGGAGGUUUCAAACGCUCCACUACCGGAACAUUCAACAUAUGCACCAUACGAGCCACCAGCAUACAGACCUGAACAUGCUGUUGUGCCACCACCCAUUCCAGCAUCAGUGCCUGUGGAGUCAUCACAAAUAGUACCCUCAGAGAUGACACCAGCUGUGCCCAUGGUGGAAAUGAGCGGCCCUCGUGAGCGGUUCGUAUCAGAGCGGCCUCCGAACAUGUCACGGCAACCGCGAGUCAGAGACAUACCGGACAGUUUAGACAAAGUGAUAGUUCCACGCAUGGGCGCGGGUCGCGGCUGGCGUCCCCCACACGUCUACCGGCGGAGGAAUAACCGGGGAAAUUUCAGUCAUCGAGCACCGUUUCCUCCACCACAAAUACGAUCAAGUCCACCACAAAUCCGACAAAAUCCACCACAAGUUCGACCAAAUCCUCCACAGAUUCGGUCAGACUUAAGGCCGGAUGUUCCGCCCGAAAUUCGGCCAGAUAUCCAACCGGAAAUUCACCCAGAUGUGCGUCCUGAAAUUCGGCCAGAUAUUCGGCCUGAAAUUAGACCAGAUAUACGACCAGACCUUCGGCCUGAAAUUCGUCCCGAUAUUCGGCCAGAUAUGCGUCCCGAAAUUCGGCCAGACCACCGACCUGAAAUGCGACCAGAUUUUGGUCCUGAAAUUCGACCCGAUUUUCGGCCGGAUCGUCAUUCUGACAUACGGCCAGAUCUUCGACCACAAGCACGUCUAAUGCAUUUAGACCCCCAUAUGGAACUUGAUCGUGGUCCUUUCCCAAUGGGACCCGAAAUAUCUCCGGAAAGGCCGAUGUUACAAGAAGUACCAUUCAGACCCCUAGAGGGUCGACCCUUUGUUCCUAAUUUCCAAAGGUUCCCCAAUCAAUUCCGGUCAAAUGUGGAAGAUUCACAUCUCUUUGGACCAAAUGUAAGGCCAAAUUUCGAACCUCGACCCAUGUACCCUUAUCCUCGUCAGGUUCAUAGGCCUUUUGGGGCUCCAGUGAGGGAGCUAGCGCCUUAUCCUAUACCCCAAGUGACGAUCCGACAACCUCUACCAGGGUUACCCCUACCGAAAAUGGAUAAAUUUGAUGGGAAAAUGAUGGGGAGAGAGCAAGAAGUGAGGAUGUUACCGCUUCAACUGCCUCCGAAUUUGCCGCCCGGUGGUUUGGCGGGGAAGAAAGUACUCAUCAAUCCACACUUCAAGGGGAAUAUUCAGCCGCCAGUUGAAGGGCUAUCCCUGCCUACGUAUAUACCGACACGGAUACACAAGUCGCCGCCGCUCAGCCCUACGUUGGAGAGCAAAUUCGGUCCGAUAAAGGAUCUAGAUCAAGCAGCGGAGAGGUUCAUAGCUGAACAGAGAGAUGCCCUAGCACGGGCCGCCGCACGGAAGACCGCGCCCAGCCAUCCGCCCAGGCGGGACCCGCAGAGAUAUAUAGAGAACACAACCAUUGAGAUCGAGAACGAUCUGGCGGUGUCGGGCAGUGGUGCUGGUGAUGGUGGUAGACCUGGCCCUCUAGGAGGCAGACGGAGCAGUGAUGAUGAGUUACUGCUGCGGCAGGAGGCCUUCAUCAGCGCCAACCGCGCCGGCUUGCGCAGGAGGAUGCGGUCUCCGUCCCCGUCCCCCCCGCCGCCGCCGCCGCCCCCGCCGCCGCCCCCGCCGCCCGGCCGCCGCUCCCCCGACCGGCGCCGCCACACGCCGCCCCGGGACGAGGAUAGCGAGUACAGACGACGUCUGCGCGAACAGGAAAAUCUGCGGGAAAGGGUACUUCGAGCCAAAGAGGUCAGGCGUAGGAGGAAUGCUGUGGCACUACAUCGCCAGCUACAGGACAGAGAGCGUGAACGACUCGAUAAAGAUAAGGAGUUGCCGAAGUUAGACGAAGUUAAAACACACACAGAGAGACCCACAACCACGAGUGUAGAACAGGACAGCAAGCCGGACACCACCAGAGCGUCGCCGGAGAAGACGGUGAAAAUGGAGAAGGUCAGAGAGAGGUCGCCGGUGAGGGUCCGGGAGACUGCGGAAGUUAAUUCUACCAGUGAGCCUCUGACGCCGCCCGUCCACGCUCGCCACAGUCCUGAGCGUGCACUCACGCCGCCGCUGCCGCCCCCCGCGUCCUCCACGCCCGCCACGCUCACCACACCCGCCACGCUCACCACGCCCGCCACGCUCACCACGCCCACCACGCCGGUCACAACCGCCAGGACCGACUCCGACGACGACCUCGACCUCAUACUCGGGGACAUCGAUGGUAUCUUAUCAGACGACGAUGAUACCGGCCGGUUCAAGCAGACCACCAAGAGUCCUCCGCCGUCUGUGGGCCGCGACCUUCGUGCCCGGCUCCCGCCUCGAACCCAGAACCAGACAUCUACCAGGCAGAAGAUCGUCUUCACCAGUCGCACAGAAAAGUCACCACCUAGUCGAGCUGCCGCCAGCAGCUCCACUUCUGAAGACACAGAGAACAUACAGAAAACAACCAAUAAGGCUAAACAAAAAACGGAAAUUAACUCGACGAAAAUUAGACAACGAAUAACAUUUGAUAAAAAGGAUGUACUUGAUAAAAAAGAGUCUGCCAAAGAGGAGAAGACACAACCCUUCACAAACCGACGAGUGAUCCUCCAAAAUAAACCGCAAACCAAAGAAAAGUCUGUAUUCUCACGCAUAGAAGGCAAAAAUGAUCCCAGUAAACCCAACCCUGGCAUAUUCAGCAGGGCCGUCCGCACCGCUAUAGGGUCGGAGAAGCCCCGUAUAGUUAUAAAGAAACAGGAAGAGCCGCAGGUUGAGUAUAACUCAGAUUCAGAUGUAGAUGAGGAGAAAUAUCUGAGCGAUGGGAACGUUGCCAUGGUAACGAACUUGCCAGAUGGCAUCACGGAUACCAGACUGAAGACAUUGGCCGGAAAUGAUAUACAGAGCUUAAGUUUGGACAAAGCGGAACGCAGCGCCAUAAUAACGUUUAAAACGUCGACAGCGGCGGAGGGAUUCAAGAGGAAAUUUAACAACAAAAUGGUCUCCAAAAGUAAAUUGACCGUCGUUGUACGCUAACUUCGAAUGUAACCUUUUAAUGUAGCAUUUUGUGUGUAUUUGUAACCUUUUCUCAGAUUGUAAUACACAUAUUACUCACAAUGUAACGUCUUUGUUAUUCAACUCGAAUUGUAAUAUUCGCUUAUACUUUAUUAACUAUAUUGUUGUUUCUAUGUAGUGUAUUUAUGACCAUAAAAGUUGUGAAAACAUAAAAAUUUAUCUUCUAUAUUAUAU